UCUCUGGAUGGGCCCUUAGGAAUCUGGGGUGCAAACAGGGGUCUAGGGGACUCUUGCCCCUGGGGAGCAACAAAGUAUGCUGCGGUGAGUCAGGAUCUCCUAGGAGGCACCUGGAGUGCAAGAAGGGCUCAUGUCGAGGAAGGAUGGUGACCUGAUAUGGGCCUGACACUACCCUGGGUUUAUAGAAUGUGAUUAUAAGGCUUGGGGGAGGAAGAACUGGGGUGUGGUGGCUCCUUAUCUUCAAGACUAAGGCCUCUGCAGCCCCCAGGGUGUGAAUUUCGACUCUCUUGGAAUCCGGAAUGCCGAGAAGCCUCCAGGCUUGUAUCUAGGACAAGCUAGGUCGCGCAAGGUCGGGCAAACUCCGGCAUAGGAGAACCCUGGGCUGGACCUGCGCGCCUCGGGCGCUGGGGAUCUUGCACGUGUUCUGGGUUUGGUGCCACGGAGCCACGCCCCCUAGAGCCAUGGCCCCGCCCUCUGCACCUGCGUGUUUCCACUGCCUGGAGAGACGGGAAGCUGGGCCACCGCUUCGUUGCCCUGGAGACUCGAUGCGGGUUCCCGGAGCAGGAACUGCCUCGGUGGCCUCCCUGGCGGUGCUUUGGCUACUGGGACUUCCGUGGACCUGGAGCGCAGCGGCGGCAUUCGGUGUGUACGUGGGCGGCGGCGGCUGGCGCUUCCUGCGUAUCGUCUGCAAGACGGCGAGGCGAGAUCUUUUUGGCCUCUCCGUUCUGAUUCGGGUGCGGCUGGAGCUGCGGCGACACCGGCGAGCAGGAGACACGAUCCCGAGCAUCUUCCAGGCGGUGGCCCAGAGACAACCUGAGCGCCUGGCGCUGGUGGAUGCGAGCAGCGGUGUAUGCUGGACCUUCGCACAGCUAGACACCUACUCCAAUGCAGUGGCCAACCUGUUCCGCCAACUGGGCUUUGCGCCGGGCGAUGUGGUGGCCGUGUUUCUGGAGGGCCGGCCUGAGUUUGUGGGGUUGUGGCUGGGCCUGUCUAAGGCCGGUGUGGUGGCUGCACUGCUCAAUGUCAACCUGAGGCGAGAGCCCCUGGUCUUCUGCCUGGGCACAUCGGCUGCCAAGGCCCUCAUUUAUGGUGGAGAGAUGGCAGCGGCGGUGGCGGAGGUGAGUGAGCAGCUGGGGAAGAGCCUGCUUAAGUUCUGCUUGGGAGACCUGGGACCUGAGAGCAUCCUGCCGGACACACAGCUCCUGGACCCAAUGCUCUCUGAGGCGCCCACCACACCUCUGGCGCAAGCCCCAGGCAAAGGCAUGGAUGAUCGGCUGUUUUACAUCUAUACCUCGGGGACCACGGGGCUUCCUAAGGCAGCCAUUGUGGUGCACAGCAGGUACUACCGCAUCGCGGCCUUCGGCCACCAUUCCUACAGCAUGCGGCCAGCUGAUGUGCUCUACGACUGCCUGCCGCUCUAUCACUCCGCAGGGAACAUCAUGGGCGUGGGGCAGUGUGUCAUCUACGGCCUGACAGUGGUGCUGCGCAAGAAGUUCUCCGCCAGUCGCUUCUGGGAUGACUGUGUCAAGUACAACUGCACGGUAGUGCAGUACAUUGGCGAGAUCUGCCGAUACCUGCUGAGGCAGCCUGUUCGGGACGUUGAGCGGAGGCACCGCGUGCGCCUGGCUGUGGGCAAUGGGCUUCGGCCGGCCAUCUGGGAGGAGUUCACGCAGCGCUUUGGCGUGAGGCAGAUCGGCGAGUUCUACGGUGCCACCGAGUGCAACUGCAGCAUCGCCAACAUGGACGGCAAGGUCGGCUCCUGCGGCUUCAACAGCCGCAUCCUCACGCACGUGUACCCCAUCCGCCUGGUCAAGGUCAACGAGGACACGAUGGAGCCACUGAGGGAUGCCCAGGGCCUCUGCAUCCCGUGCCAACCCGGGGAGCCUGGUCUUCUCGUCGGCCAGAUCAACCAGCAGGACCCACUGCGUCGCUUCGAUGGCUACAUUAGUGACAGUGCCACCAGCAAGAAGAUCACCCACAGUGUUUUCCGAAAGGGCGACAGCGCCUACCUCUCAGGUGACGUGCUGGUGAUGGAUGAGCUGGGCUACAUGUAUUUUCGAGACCGCAGCGGGGACACCUUUCGCUGGCGUGGGGAGAACGUGUCCACCACUGAGGUGGAAGCUGUGCUGAGCCGCCUGCUGGGCCAGACGGAUGUGGCUGUGUACGGGGUGGCUGUGCCAGGGGUGGAGGGGAAAGCCGGUAUGGCGGCCAUUGCAGAUCCGCACGGCCGGCUGGACCCUAACUCCAUGUACCAGGAGUUGCAGAAGGUUCUGGCGUCCUAUGCCCGGCCUGUCUUCCUGCGUCUUCUGCCCCACGUGGAUACUACAGGCACCUUCAAAAUCCAGAAGACCCAGCUGCAGCGUGAAGGCUUUGACCCCCGCCAGACCUCAGACCGGCUCUUCUUUCUAGACCUGAAGCAGGGCCGCUACCUGCCCCUGGAUGAGGGAGUCCACGCCCGCAUCUGUGCCGGCGACUUCUCGCUCUGAAUCUGCCGAGUGGGAUGGUCCUGGACUGAUGUGCCCAGCGCCUGAUAAUCCUGCCCAGGUGCUCCCGCCUGGCCGCUGGCCAGUGAGCCGUGGGAGUAGGAGACUGGGGCCUGAGCUGCCGGGUAGCCCUCUCCUACAUCCAUCCCAUCAUGCAUCCAUCUGGCCUCUU